UCUCACGCAUCCGCCAAAGCCCGCAGCUUCCGCGAGGCUGUUCAGGACAACUUGCAGUAAGGGCGGUCACGAACGAGCUUCCGCUGGCAAUUGCGCGAUUCACAUGUUUACUUGCAGAUGCUAAUGGUCGAUUCGGCGGUUCCGAGCUUGCGCGAGGACCGCAGCGAAGCAAAGCGGAGCGAAAAAUGUGUUCCCUCUAAUUGUCACUGUCGGCUACCGCUCUGGACCCCUGAUAAACUUGAUAUCUGUUGGCAUCUGUCGCAGGUUGUCGGUGGCUGCCGCGAAGUGCCGUUGGCUGCAACGCGGGCUUCCCUCGCCGCGAGCCCGCACAGCCGCACCACGCUAAUGCAUUCCAACGACAUCCGGCCCAUGGAUGUAGCGGAAGACGCAAGCAAGCGUGGCUGGGCAAGGUAGUGCGGUGAACCGAUGGCGCGCCGUACCUCGCAAUUUGGGCAUUAAAGCCCCGCGUUCGAGCCUGCGUCUUCCUGUUUCCCUCAGUACACAUUGCCAGCAAGGAAGACAUAGCUAGCCAUCCGUUACGGGCUUGUUCAACUUAUUACCUGCUCACUUUAACGUGAAAGCAAAACACGAAUGAUUCACGCGACUGUGCCUCCGCACCGCUUCGUGAACGCCGCUAAUGGCUCGGUCUCUCGCUCUUCGAGGCGCCCUCACAAGAUGUGGCUAGCCUGGCUGGCUAGGGCUGCGCGCGGAGUCAAGGGCGUGUGGAAGCAUUUCGCUCGGCACUGCUCGCUCGCGAGCACUGGCAUUGCGACCCCGUCGGACUGCGCUGCGUCGCCGGCAACACUGUCGCGGAGCACUUCCGACAACAGUCUUCGCUCGGUCAACAGCUUUGACCGGGUCUGCGAGGUCAAAGUCGCCUUCGAGCCUGCGGUUGUGUGCGUCAGCAGCGACCCCAACAGCUGCUCCUCCAAACCCGCACUCGCGCCUACACCGGCGCCUAAGCAGCAGGAGCCCACCAAGCCCGCGCGCAUCCUGCUGCCAGUCGCGUCCAUUGCCGCCGCGCUGCACGGUGCUGCGCCGGCGGCUAGCGGCUGUGACGCUGCUGGCGGCGACGUGAUCCCGGCAGAGGCCUGCGUGGCUUACUCGGUGCUGUCUUCGCCCCGGCCAAUGGCCCUCGGCGGCAACCUGCUGAGCGGUCCGCGCCAGCUGCAGGCCUCCUUCUUGAAGCUGCAGCAGGCGGCCAGUGACGCCGCCACCUCCGUGGCAGCCAAGCCCGUUAGCAUUGCCGCCGCCGCUGCCGCUGCGGCAGCGCCGCCGUCGAUGCAGCAGCAGCAGGUGCCCACCCCGGUCAUGUCGGCUGAGGAGCACGCUGCGGCGCAGGCGGCUCAGGCGCGCCAGUUUGCGGAGUGGCGCCGGGCCGACAUGGAGCAGACGGCGGCGCAGGACGCCACACGCACCGUCUUCCCGACGCUGCACACUGUGUUAAGCUAUCAGUGGUCCAAGGUGCCUUCCGUCUACACGGAGGUGUCGGUGGCGCCGGGCUUUGUCAUCCAGCCCAAGGCGGCAAGCGCCUAAUAAGGCGCCGCUAUGCAGCUGCCGGGCAGGACGGAUCAGCGGACCACGAGCGCGGCGGCUGGCAGCAGCUUGACCGGCGGGCGCGCGGCCUUGCGCCUGACGAGCUAGACGAGCGCGCACUACACUGACCGCAAACGACCACGGACUAUGCAGUAAGGGCCGCAACAAGCAGCGGCAAGAUGAGUGGCGUACCUUAUGGUACGCAGGUAUAAUCAAAGGCACUAACCGUGCCGGAUCGCAACAUACAAGAUAAUGAGGCCGCACGGCUAAUUGGCCACGCCUUCAACUAAUAACAGCCAUCCCAUUUGAUGGAUGGUCCUGAAGGAGUAACAAGAGUAGGAGUGAGCUUGCAGGCUCGCAGCAUGACGUCCCGGAGCUUUCGCAGGGUGCUUGACACUACUGGGUGCGGUACUGCACCAGCAGUGCACCAAGUGCACUAAUACCGUAUCUGCGGCGUUGAUUCACGCCGCACACAUACAUGCUCAAAAUUAAGUGAUUACUGCGCGCCGCAAAUGUGCGCUGCCGGAUGUCGAUGUGGGGCGUGCCUCCCAGCCCCCUAGAGUGAACUAUGAGUGAUUCGCAGCUCGGACCCACGCAGGGGUUCUGUACUUUGAGAUUAGUGGCCGGAUGGAGUGUUCGAACGCGUACGUGGAUGCGGACAUAGCGCGGACUGCGUGCUAGAGUAUGGAUUGAUUGGUUUAGCAAGCAAGCAAUAGAUUGAUUUGAGCUCAUGGAAGACUGGGCCUAUGGAGGGCCGUAGGGUAGCGCACCGCCCGCGUGCUGGCCAGCAGAUUGGCGGCUUCAGCCGGGGCGGGGCUUAGGGCCUCUCUGUGAUACUUUUAUUUGGUUCAGAACUCUUCUAUGCAAGUCCCACACAAGAAGCUCUUGGUGGCGGCGGUCCCGAAGGUGAGGGCCGGUGCAUUUGUGGCCCCGGAGAUCAUCUGACGUAGAUGGAUACCAUAGUGUUUCCCCAAAGAGUCGGACGGGGUCCCAUCCAGUUGAAUAUGUUGUGGCACCGAACAGCGGAUGGCCUGACUGAUGAUGCAUGCGUGAUAGAUGAUGAUGAGCUACGAGUGGUGGCGGCAGUGUCGCAGUGGCCUUGGCAAUGGCCAGGAUACCCGCACGGCCGC